CUUUACACAGCCACCAACUUCGUCACUCAACUGGAUUCGCCGGCAUGGCUGCAUACUUCUUCGCCUCGCCGAUCGACGUAGACAUCAAGCUCAGCGACGAGGAGGCAAGGAAAUCCGUCGAGCUACGAGAAGAGAAAGAAAAAGUAACGUCUUGUCCCGUUUACUACGACGGUGACUCUGUUGGUGGACAUGUCAUUGUCCGUGUUCGUGAUGGCAAGAAAGUAACCCAUGAGGGUAUAAAAGUCGAAUUUGUGGGCAACAUUGAGCUGUUCUACGACCGUGGUAACCACCAUGAGUUCUUGUCGUUAUCGCAGGAGCUCGCCGCGCCCGGGGACUUGAGGCAAUCACAAACAUUUGACUUCAGUUUCAAGAACGUGGAGAAACAGUAUGAGAGUUAUCGGGGUAUAAACGUGAAACUCCGUUACUUUAUACGGGUGACCAUAUCGCGAAGAAUGGCGGACGUGAAACAUGAGAAGGAAGUAUGGGUCCACUCGUUCAGGAUGCCGCCGGAUAGCAACAACUCGAUACGGAUGGAAGUCGGCAUAGAAGACUGCCUGCAUAUCGAGUUUGAGUACAACAAGUCCAAGUACCAUUUGAAGGACGCCAUCGUCGGGAAGAUAUACUUCCUUCUCGUCCGCGUAAAGAUCAAACAUAUGGAACUCUCAAUCAUUCGGAGGGAGACGACUGGGACACCGCCGAACCAGUAUAAUGAAAGCGAAACGAUAACCAAGUUUGAGAUUAUGGACGGUGCUCCAGUAAGAGGGGAAACUAUUCCUAUACGGCUAUUCUUGGGCGGGUUUGACAUCACGCCAACAUUCCGUGAUGUGAACAAGAAAUUCAGUACGCGAUAUUAUCUCAAUCUUGUCCUCGUCGACGAGGAAAACCGGCGUUAUUUCAAGCAGCAGGAAAUUACGAUCUUUAGGAUACCUGAGAAUUAGUUGCCGCGCUUUAUGUACAUCACUGUUAUGGAUUUUGACUAUGGACCUUAUGGACUCGUGGAUAAUUAUUUGCUUCGAAAGUCAAUUCUGAGCUACGCGUAAACUGGAUACCAGACUUGGUUAUUCACAGAUAAGUACCGGGGUAUUAAUGGUUUACUGUGACUUUAUGGGAAGGUUUGUGCAGUGAAGCACAGUAUCUGGUGUAACAGCAACUAAUGUCAAUGAUCCACAGCUGAUCAAGGCUUUUGUCGCGUCGAGGGUUCGCGUAUCAGUAAGUUGAGAGCUAUGAGAGGAGGUGCUGGAUAAAGAGAGAUAACCGUGCAGAUAAAGCCGAAUAAAAUUUUGUCAAAAGCUGCUGAAGAUCAAUGUAAAAAUCCUUCGUCGCCCAUCCCUCUCGUCAUUCGUCUAAUGUCUGGAUUGAUACCCAUCAUACCACCUGGUAUUCGACUCGGGAGUCCACCACUCCCCAU